AUGGCGGCAUAUGCAGCCUUGGAAUUUCUUGAUGGUUAUAAGUCCCCUGUUGCUGACGGAGAUGAAGCUGAUCCGCUGGAGAUGCGUAUCGCAGAUGCCACUUAUGCGGCUGAAGAUGCUAUCGAAUCUCAUAUUGUGGACAUGAUUCAACUGGGUAGAUCUACUUCCAACGAAGUCAGUUUCUUCUAUGAAGAUCUACAACAAGUGAUAGAAGAAAUGAAUGUAAUUAAGAACGAAGCCAUGGAGAUUGCAGCCGAAGCUCAGCUGCAAAGAAAGGUCUCCUUGACUCAUGCUGGCUCCUUGACAUCCUCUUCCAAUGUGAAGGAAAGAAUGAUGGUGGGCUUUGAUGACGUGCAACUUCAACUCUUGGAUUGGCUCACUGGAGGGAACUGUAAACGCCAAAUCAUCCCUAUUGUAGGGAUGGGCGGGAUUGGUAAGACCACUCUUGCCAGACAUAUAUUUGAGCAUGCCCUUGUUAAGGAGCAUUUUGAUAUUCGUGCGUGGACUAUAAUUUCUCAAACUUAUAAUGUUAGAGAAACACUUAGUCAAGUUCUUCACCAAGUAACUGGAAAUUUGGGUAGUGAUCUGUCUGAGGAAGAUUUAGGAGAAAAAUUGUACAAGUAUUUAUUGUGUAGGAGCAGUCGUAACAACUUGGCUACUGAGUUGACAAACUCCAACAGCAUUGAUAUGAGAUUUUUAGAUGAUGUUAGUAGCUGGAGUUUGUUCUCCAAAACUGUAUUUGGGGGUGAGGGUUUUCCUCUUCAACUCAAGGAAAUCGGAAAGAAAAUCAUGGGGAAGUGUAAGGGACUUCCUUUGUCGAUUGUUGUGAUUGGGGGUUUUUUGGCGAAGUCCGAACUUACACUGGAAUACUGGGAGCACAUAGAGGAAAACUUAAGCUCAAUAGUGAAUUCUGAGAAUGAUGAAUAUUGCUUGAGAGUACUAAAACUGAGUUAUGACCAUUUGCCUGCCUAUCUGAAGCCUUGUUUUUUGUACAUGGGGAUGUUUGGGGAAGAUGAGAAAAUUAGGGUCGCAGAACUCAUGAGGCUAUGGGUUUCUGAAGCCUUUCUUAAACCAAUAAUCAAUAAAAGCUUGGAAACAAUUGCCAAUGAGUAUCUGAAGGAGCUAGUCGAUAGAAACCUCAUUCUAGUUCAUGAGUUGGGUAAACUUGGGAAUAUUAAGUUCUGCAGAAUGCAUGAUUUACUGAGGGAUCUAUCAUUUCAAGAAGCUGAAAAACAGAGGUUUUAUUAUGUGUUAGGGCAACAUUGUCCUCGAGGGAUAAAUAGCCAACGCCGCAUUGUUAUUCCCAGAAGCACUUUAGAUAAGACAGUCAGGGAUGCCUUGCAAUUGUUAUUCACUCGUUCUUUCAUAUGUCAUUACGUUACAGUUCCUCAAUUGCUAGAUUUUAGAUUUUUGAGGACAUUGACUACAUAUAAGUGUAUUGGUGAGUAUUCAGAAGAAAAUGUGUUUCAAUCGGUGAACUUGAGGUAUCUUUCGGUUGCAGUACUUCGUGAGGGGUUCCAAAUCCCUUCUUCAAUUAGUCUGCUCUGGAAUCUACACACACUAAUUGUUCUUUCUUUGCGUGAACAUACUGCACCAGUAGAAAUUUGGAACAUGCAUCAGCUUAAGCAUAUCGAGUUCGCUGGUGGAGGAAUGUAUCUCCCAGAUCCUCCGAGCGGUCAUAGCGAUGAUAUUGUUAUCAUGGAGAAUCUGGAGACGCUCAAAGAAGUGGUUGAUUUCAACUUGAAUGAAGGAGUGGUCAAGAGAAUUCCCAAUAUCAAGAAACUGUAUAUAAGAUACAAGGAUAAAGUAAUGGACAGAGUGAAGUGCCUCAGCUAUCUUCAAUGUCUGAGUAAGCUGGAAAGCUUGAGGUGCUUUAUUGAAGAUGGAGGUGUUGAGUAUCUGCAGAGUAUUAGCUUCAAUUCCCGCACUCACUCAAGAAGCUGUAUAUUCGAUGCGAAAACUUCCAUUUGGAGGAAAUUCUGGAAAAGAUAG